AUGGGUGCCCACACUGCCGAUUCAGAGAAGGGCGGCGACAACAACUGCAACUUCUGCCAAGCACCAUCAGCGAUGUUCCGCUGCUCACGUUGUAAAAUCGCAAAGUUCUGCAAUGCCACGUGCUUUCAGUCUGCUUGGAAGACUCACAGAUCGAACUGCUAUGUGCAAGAUGAUCCCACACCGACACCAACAGUGGAUGAGCGUGUGUAUGCACGUCAGUCAGGCGAGCAAUCGCAAUCCAACAUUGCACACGGUCGAAUCUUUGUUUCCAUUGCUGCAUAUUGUGAUCCGGAGCUAACAGAGACCUUGAAGUCCAUGUUGCAUCAGUGCAAAAGACCAGACUUGCUUUACGUGGGUCUGGUGUGGCAGGGUGAUGUUGAAGAUGGUGAGCCUUUAUCCGGGGAGGGCCUGGAUGAUUUGCGAAGGCUCUGGCACAUCGAUGCUGAUGGCGCGGUUGACCCGCACGAGCAUGGGACUGGUAACUUGAUUCCAGAGCUUCCGGGUGAAGCUAAGAUGAGAUCCCAAUCAUUGCUUGGGGGCAGGCUACGCAUGAUCCGCAUGCAAGCAGGCGAUGCACGAGGCCCAUGUUGGGCCAGAUAUCUUGCUCAGCUCUUAUGGCGAGGAGAGGAACUCUACUUACAGCUUGACAGCCACAUGCGCUUUGUACCUGCAUGGGAUGAGGAGGCCCGCUGCCAGCUCAUGAUGUGUGCGAAGCACUCUAGCAAGCCCGUUCUAUGCAGUUAUGGCAGAGCUUAUCCUCUGGGUAUGCCCUACACUGAAACCCCGACAAAUUUAACGGCCUGCUUGAAUUGCGCCGGGUUUUUCGACAGCAACAAUGUUCUGAACAUCCGCUACCGGUCGCUGGUUCGAGACUGGGACGAGCCGCGAGCAAGUUUUUUCUGGAGCGCACACUUUUCAUUCUCUUCCGCUGAUGUGAUACGUGAGGUGCCCUACGACCCUCGAUUGCGUAUGCUUUUCUUCGGAGAAGAAAUUCUGAUGACCGUGCGACUGUUCACAAAUGGUUGGGACCUCUUCUCUCCUUGCUCAGGUCUUGUAUUUCAUCUUUGGCAGCGAGACUACCGGAGGGUUUACGCAGACGACAUGCGCGAACUGUAUCGGGAUUUAAGCCACAGCUCCAGGAAACGCUUGCAUGGCUUGCUCGGCUCCGGGGCAUUGCCAUUCUUCGAAGAAACUUACAGGUGGCCAUUGCCAGGUGGUUCCAACGCUGGCCCGGAUGCUUUCGAGUUGGGAAGCUAUCGAUCCCUUGCUGAGUAUGAAGAAGCGGCUGGUGUCAGUUUCAGGAACAGGCACCUGAGUGAUUUUGCACUCCGUGGCGGAGCCCCCUCCGAGGAUUUCUUCAUGACGCAGGAGGAGGGCGGGCAAGCUGCGGUGGAGAUGCAGUGCAGGGGCGACAUGUUAAGGAUGCAAGAGAGCAAACGAAAACGGGUGAGCGGGUUCAACCAUUCGUUCACUUGA